AUGGGAUUGAUUGCUGGUAGGCUUCCGGGAAGAACUUCAAACGAUGUAAAGAAUUACUGGAACACCCACCUCAGCAAGAAGUUCUUUGGUAAAGCGGUUAAAGAUGUAGCUGACAAGACAGCCAAAGUCACCGUUAUCAAGCCUCGUCCUCGGACCUUCAAUAAGAACCUAUCUUAUUUAAAAGGAAAAGCAGCAAAAGAAAGCUAUGUCCAAUCAGCAGAUCAUACUCUUAGCAAGCCAUAUUCAACGCCACCUCUGUCAGAGGAUGGAAUUUCAUGGUUGGACAGCUUAUUUUCUGGCAAGGAAGGCAUAAAGAAAGCACAUGUUUCAGAGAUGGAUCAGGGAAGGAAUCCAUUUCAAGCUUCUGGGAUGAGGAAAUUUCAGCAGCUACGAAAGUAG